GGUAAAUAAUAAAGCGGCAAGUUUUAAUCCUUAAUUUUAUAUAAAUUCAUUUUAUUAAUAAGUCUUGCGCGAUUUUAACGAGAAGCGUCAAAUGAAAUGGUUAACCAAUGUCGCGCCUGCCUCAGUUCGAAAGACACCUCCUUUAUUCGUAUGGAGACGCACAUUGGCGACGGUGUCGAUUUCUUCACUUGCUUCAACUUAUGCACACAAUUGGAAGCGGAACUAGAUGAUGGCCUGCCAGGAGUAUUGUGCACACAUUGUUCUCAAGAUCUCGAAAUAUCUUUUAAUUUCUUGCAAAAUGCCAGGCAGGCUGAUGGAAUACUCCGUGAAAACUUUUCACACAAGUACUUGACCACAGAAAUAGAAUCAUUGGAUAGUGAAAUGGAUGAUACAAUAAUGGAGCCAUUAGAUGAGGUAGAAGGCAGUGAAAUGGAAGAUUGUGUGGUUGAGGAAAUCAUAGAACACGUGCAUGUUCCAGAAGAUGUUGCCGACGAGCGUGUAGAAAGCAGUGUUGUAGAAAUAAUGGAGGUCGAAAAAAAUAAUCUGAAUAUUUGUGAAAGCUCUUUAGAUGAGAUAGAACUUAUCGAUAACAGUUAUGUGGACCAAACUGUCGAGACAGCGGAGAUUGUGGUGGACGAGAUACAUGAAACACAAUCAAAAACAACAGAGUAUUAUGCAGAAGAUGAAGGUGAUGAAGAGUACCUAACAGAAUACAAAGAAGAUGUGCAGCAAUCGGACGCAGACAAUACGAGAUCAAAAGGAGGAAAAUGGAAAUGCAUAGAAUGCAAAAUUGUUUUGUGUGGCGAUGUUUCUUAUGAAGGCCAUAUGAAUAUGCAUCGUUCAUUGCGACCAUACAAAUGUACAGAAUGCAUGUGUGCAUUUCGUUGCAAAAAUAAACUGGAUUACCAUAUACAACUGCGACAUACACAACAAGUCGAGCCUCAAACUAUCAACCUAAACAAUUGUAAAAAGUGUACCAAAAUCUUCGGAGCACCCGAAGAAUUACAAGAACACCAGGAAUUAAUACAUCCCGAUAGUUAUCCUGUACAAUGUAGACGCUGUCCGUUGUUACCACCAUUCGCGCGGACAAAAUUAGCAGAACACUUUCGUAACGAACAUCCAGCGGAACAUCGAAAAUACUUCCCCACAGUGGGUAGGCCACCAAAUGAGCCAGCCAAACCAACACCAUGGCAAUGUGAAGUCUGUAAAUGUUAUCUGCGUUCAGAAAGCGCAUUGCGUGAUCACAGACAUACGCACCAGAAUGAACGACCGCAUGAGUGCCAAUUUUGUGCGAAACGUUUCGUUACUACCAGUAAUUUACGUCAACAUAUGCGCGGCGUACACACCGAGGAAUAUGAGAAGCUAGUUAAUGAAGGCGGUGAUACGAUAGUGCAAUGUGAAAUGUGUAAAAAGCAAUUACUUAGACGAAAUCUCGAAAAACAUAUGGCCUUGCAUGUGAAAAAAGAGCGCGAGGCGAAAGAGACUCAAACGAAAUUUCUCUGUGCUUACUGCUCACGUGAAUUCACGAAUGCCAAAUCGCUCAGUCUGCACGAACAAAACGUGCAUCUUGUCAAAUUGGAGGAGCCGAAAUAUGAAUGUGGCAUUUGUAAGCGCAAAUGUUAUCAACAGCGUGAUCUCAAUUGCCAUAUGCAGCGCGUGCAUCUAGCGGAGCGCAAACACUAUUGCAAUGUGUGCGGUAAUGCGUUCAAGAGCGCUUGGCAGCUGACCGCUCACCGGCUUUUGCAUGCCGAAGACAAGUCUUUUGAGUGCAUACACUGUCAACGGCAAUAUACACGGCAAGCCGAUUUAAUUGUGCACAUGCGCACACAUACCGGCGAACUGCCAUACGCUUGCCACCUUUGUGGUAGACGCUUCGCGAUCAAAGUACGACUCACUUAUCACUUGCAACGGCAUGAAGGCGUCAAACAUUCGUGCGCCUAUUGUGGAACUGUCUAUUACAAUCGUAAUCAACUAAAGGAGCAUCUCUUCAAGCACACUGGCAUGCCUUAUCGCUGUGAAUUGUGUCCAGAUGUUGGAUUUACGCGCCGUUUGCGUUUCUCCAAUCACAUGCAGCGCGUCCAUAAUAAAAUUCUAACAGCUGACGAAUUGACUGCUGUGUUUGCGAAAUACACGGGAAAGGCGAUACAUUUCAACACCAGCAACAAAUCUCAGGAGAAUAUGGACUCACAGGAGUUGCCUGAUUUCAUUGUAGAUGAAGAGAAAGAAGAUGAAGAUAUGGUAAAUGAGUGCUUAAAUAAUUAAAUAUAUAUAUGGUACAAAGAAUGUAUGUAUGUGUAUACACAUAAGUAGUUAAAACUUAAAUUAAAAAUAAAAAUAUUUAUUGCAUAUUUAUAUGGAAAUCGCUAAUUUGAACCUAUGUACACAUUAAAUAAACAAUAAAACAAUAAUUGCAAAUAACA